CGUCCCUGCGCGUCGUCCUCCUCGCCCUCCAGGCAGCCCGCGCCGCGCCGGAGUCCGCCGCCCGCCCGCCACCCGCUUCCUGCCGCCCGUCGCUGCCAUGCUGCCCGCCGCGCUGCUCCGCCGCCCGGGACUUGGCCGCCUCGUCCGUCAGGCCCGUGCCUAUGCCGAGGCCGCCGCCGCCCCGGCUGCCGCCGCCGGCCCCAACCAGAUGUCCUUCACCUUCGCCUCCCCAACGCAGGUGUUCUUCAACGGUGCCAACGUCCGGCAGGUGGACGUGCCCACGCUGACCGGAGCCUUCGGCAUCCUGGCGGCCCACGUGCCCACGCUGCAGGUCCUGCGGCCGGGGCUGGUUGUGGUGCAUGCAGAGGACGGCACCACCUCCAAAUACUUCGUGAGCAGUGGUUCCAUCGCAGUGAACGCCGACUCUUCCGUGCAGUUAUUGGCAGAAGAGGCAGUGACGCUGGACAUGUUGGACCUGGGGGCAGCCAAGGCGAACUUGGAGAAGGCCCAGGCAGAGCUGUUGGGGGCAGCUGACGAGGCCACUCGGGCAGAGAUCCAGAUCCGAAUUGAGGCCAACGAGGCCUUGGUGAAGGCCCUGGAGUAGGCGAGCCAGCCGCCAAGGUCCACCUCAGCUUCGGAGCCACCUCUCUGGAUGAGCUGCCCCCAGCCCUCGCCCCAUUAAAGACCGGGAAGCCUGA